ACAAUGUAUCAGAAAACUAUAACAAACGCCAUAUUUGAUGGUGAAUUAUUAGAAACUCUAGGGUAACAAUGGGGACUAUCAACCAAAUCAGUGACCACAGGAGAAUGAGUGGGAAGAGGAGGCAGAGGGGCCAGGCGAAGGGAGAGUUCCGACACAUCUGCCGCUCUGGAAAGAAGUAAGCUUGGUGGGAAAGAAUCUGUGGGUGACCCAUAGGCGAGAGUGGAAGGCAUGGAAUCAGAUGAGAUCAAUUAGGGGGAGAGAGUAGGGUAGGAAGAGAACCAAGAAGAAAAGCCAGGAACACUGUAUUAAGGGAACCAUGACACUGGGGAGCCAGAGACUGAGUCUGGAAGGGAGCAGACGGAGGAACAGAAGCAAAGGGAAACCUGGAGGGAAAGGGCACUGAGGAGGAGGGUGUUCUUCACAGAGUCAAAGUAAAGAGGGCAAGGAUUUAGGAGUCACGAUUUGCUACUGAGAGGCUUCUGUUGACCUUAGCCAAAGCUGUUUCCGUGGAGCGGGGAGAGCUAAGGGCCGUGUGGGUGGGUAUUCAAUGGUAAAAUCAGAAGUGGAAGCAGAAAAUGAGCACUUCCACCAGGAAGGGGAAGUGAGCUGUGCGUAGGCACCACGAGAAGGAGGUGAAGUUCCAGGGGAGUUUUAUGAGGUUGUGGUGAAAUCAGCAUUUUUGUAAGUCCGAAGGGGAGCAACCAGUGGAGAGUAGAGAGACUGACAAGAGACAACAGAAAGCAGAUGACUGACGGGGCAAGUUCCUGCUGAAGGUGGGAGGAAAGAGAUGCUCAUAAAAGUGAAUUACUGUUUCACCAUGAAAAACAUAAAUGAAAUCAUUUAUACUGCCAUUCCUUUAUUAAUUCAGUAAGUAUUGAUUAAGUAUCUACUACGUGCCAGGCACUAACCUGGUGCUGGAAAUAAGAUAGGAAAAAUUCCCACCCUAUAUUGUGUAAGUUCAUUAACUUAAAAAAAAAAGCAAAACCAAAUCCAGAAACAAACACAAAUUUGGCCCCUGUCAGGCCAGCGCUAAAGGAGGCAUGGUCUUGGAGGAAGUGUGUGUGACCUCCAGGCACUGGAGUCCCUCAGCAGGAAUGCUACUCAUCUCAAAGGCAACACAGAAAGUGGCAGCUGGGACCAAGGAUCCAGAAUUUGAAUACCCUCCUACCACAUUCUAUCAGAGAGUCCUUUAGGACUAUGUUAAUGUGAGAGAAAAAAACUUUACUUCAAUGACAAGUUUUCACUAUGAAUGAUUAGGAGAGUCUCCCUUCUCCUGAAACAUUGCUGUUAGGGACAGAAUGGAAAAGACUCCUGGACAUAUGGCCCAGAACUACAAUGCAUGUUAGAUAGAAGAGGUACACGCCAUGUGUCAUAACUAGAAAGGAGAAACGCAGGCUUGCUGUGCUUAAUGCACUCACAGCCUCAAUAAAGACAAAUGACAAUAGGCAAAAGGAUGAUGACAGAUGCUCAUUUACAUCAGUAAACCUGAUAUCGAAACCUUCAACCCUCUGAAUAGCAAGUCACUGGUUCUUUUCUUUCACCUUCCCCCCGGCCCCUGCGCCAACCAAUUUCAUUCAGAUACAGCUUAGCUGGACCAAAUCUAUCAAGUCAUGCUUAUCCUUAAUCCUCAUCAGAGUUCUUAAAGUCAUCAACUAACCAUAUUGAUUUAGAAAUAGAACAAGAAAAGCAGAGAAGCUGUGUUUUGACCUUUUUCCUGAAACAUUGCUCUUAGACACAUAUGACCCAGAACUACAAUGCAUGUUAGAUAGAAGAGGUACACGCCAUGUGUCGUAACUAGAGAGGAGAAAUGCUAAAUUCAUGAAAAGGGAUUCACAGACAGUUUUAACAGAAAGGGCCUUUGAAGUAAUUGACUGGGAUCUUAUUUGACAGGAUGAAACUAAUCAAUUACAAGGCUACCUGACGGAUGCUCAGCUUAGUAUCUGGGUGCACUGCAACCCCACCUAACAUUUUUUUCUAUUAUGCCAUGUAACCAUAUUCCCAUAUUGAGUUACAUUUUCAAAUACAUGACUUUUCCAGUGAAUAAUUGAGAGAAUUCCUUUUCUGAAAAACUGCCCACAUGGAAUGGAUAAAUGAGCACUUGCACCAAAGAAGAUGCCAACAUCAGACUGCAAAUCUCUAAGACAGACUUAAGACAAAAAGUUCUGAAGUGAAAAGUUAUCUUUGUUCACACUGUGGAUUAUUCAGGUUUCUUGCUUUCCCCUGAGACACAUUUUUAAAAACUGACUUUAUUUUUUAGAGCAAUUUUAGAUUCAUGGCAAAUUUGAGUGAAAGAUACAGAGAUUUCCCGUGUACUCCCUGACCCUCAGAUACAUAGCCUCUCCCAUUAUCAAAAUCCCCCACCAGAGUGGUUCAUCUGUUACAAUUGAAUGUACACUGACACAUCAUUCCCCAAAGUCCAUAGCUUACACUGCUGCUUCACGUUCUACCACUUUGGACAAAUUUAUGAGGACACAGAUCCACUAUUAUGAUAUCAUAUAGAGUAGUUCCACUGUCCUAAGAAUCUUCUGUGAUCAUCUAUUCAUUCCUCCUUUCUCCCGAACUCGGGCAACCACUGGUCUUUUUAACUGUCUCCAUAGUUUUGCCUUCUCGAGAAUGUCAUGGUUGGUAACAUAUGGUAUGUAGCCCUUUCUGGUUGGCUUUUGUCACUUAGUGAUACACACUUAAGGUUCCUUCAUAUCUUUUCAUGGCUGGACAGCUCAUUUCUUUUUAGCAUUGAAUAAUAUUCCAUUGUCUAGAUGUACCACUGACAUCUACCUUAAAUCUUUUGCCCAUUUCAUUUUUACCCUCUAACCAUUUCAUUACUAAAACACAAAACAAACUCUGGAAAGGAGUUUGUUGAUGAGAAAACACUGCACUGAAAGUAAGAUUUAAAUUGAGGAAUGGAGAUUUUCUGUGGAUAAUUAUCUGUGUUCCACUUUACCAAAGAAAACAUGAAUUUCAAGUAGUGCAUAAAGUAAUUCUCCUUAAAAAAUGUGGGAAUAAAGAAAUCAGUCCUGGGUACUGGGAAUAUAGUUAUCUCUCAGAAAAAUCUUGCCCACAAAAUGCAUCAGACUGAGAUGAAAUACUCUAGGGUAUAUUAAAUUUUAUUCUAAUACUGAAGGGAGAAAAAAAAGGAAGGAAAGAAAAAUGAAGCAGGAUGAAAAAUAAGGUGAUUGAGAGAGAGAAAAGACAGAGAAACUUGUUAACUACAGGACUUUCUGAGCAAGAUAUUUUUCUUCCUUUUACAAGUUAGAAGCUAUUGAAUAAUUCAUGCUAAGCGUGGAAAGGCUGUCUUUUCCCUGGGUGAUGUAUAACUAAGCAGGAGAGAGCUUCGAGUGGGUUCACCACAUCAGCCACCACUCUUGCCUCUGAGCACAGGGUGCUCUCCUCUUGAGCUCAGCUUCUGCUUUUGCAGCCAAGCAUUCUUGCUGCUGCUGCCUGCCUGCCCACCCGCCUGGGCUUGCAGCCCGCCACUUUACUUUCUCCAGCCCUGCUACCAGCUGGAAGUCUCCCUGCAGCUGCUAGUUCCUGUCCAGGACCAUGUGUGUGGAUGCUGCUUGGGAGAAGUGGGCACUUGCUCCUGGCACUGAUCCCAGUUGAGUUUCUCCUGUUGAUUUCUGGACCACUGAUGCUGUUGCUGAGGAGGUAUUUUCUGGCAUCCCUCCCUCUAAGACACCGGCUAAGGACCAGCCCAAACGCAAGGCAGGAAAGUGUCAGGAUGGACCGAGCUGCCGGAAGCCGACGCUAGCGAGGGAGGUGUGAAGAGUUGGCCAGAAUGACCAACUCCUCCUCCACAUCCACCUCCUCCACCACCGGGGGCUCGCUGCUGCUGCUCUGCGAGGAAGAGGAGUCGUGGGCGGGCCGGCGCAUCCCAGUGUCACUCCUGUAUUCGGGCCUGGCCAUCGGGGGCACGCUGGCCAACGGCAUGGUCAUCUAUCUCGUGUCGUCCUUCCGAAAGCUGCAGACCACCAGCAACGCCUUCAUCGUGAACGGCUGCGCCGCCGACCUCAGCGUCUGCGCCCUCUGGAUGCCGCAAGAGGCGGUGCUCGGGCUCCUGCCCGCCGGCUCUGCGGAGCCCCCCGCGGACUGGGACGGCGCUGGGGGCAGCUACCGCUUGCUACGGGGUGGGCUGCUGGGCCUCGGACUCACGGUGUCCCUCCUCUCCCAUUGCCUCGUGGCCCUGAACCGCUACCUGCUCAUCACCCGGGCGCCCGCCACCUACCAGGCGCUGUACCAGAGGCGCCACACGGCGGGCAUGCUGGCGCUGUCCUGGGCGCUCGCCCUGGGCCUCGUGCUGCUGCUCCCGCCCUGGGCACCGCGGCCCGGCGCCACGCCACCGCGCGUCCACUACCCGGCGCUGCUGGCCGCCGCGGCUCUGCUGGCGCAGACGGCGCUGCUGCUGCACUGCUACCUGGGCAUCGUGCGCCGCGUGCGUGUCAGCGUCAAGCGGGUCAGCGUGCUCAACUUCCACCUGCUGCACCAGUUGCCCGGCUGCGCUGCCGCCGCCGCCGCCUUUCCGGGCGCCCAGCACGCGCCGGGUCCCGGUGGCGCCGCGCACCCGGCGCAGGCCCAGCCCCUGCCUCCCGCUCUGCACCCGCGGCGGGCACAGCGGCGUCUCAGCGGCCUGUCGGUGCUGCUGCUCUGCUGCGUCUUCCUGCUGGCCACGCAGCCGCUGGUGUGGGUGAGCCUAGCCAGCGGCUUCUCGCUGCCGGUGCCCUGGGGAGUGCAGGCGGCCAGCUGGCUCCUGUGCUGCGCCCUGUCAGCGCUCAACCCGCUGCUCUACACGUGGAGGAACGAGGAGUUCCGCCGCUCCGUGCGCUCAGUCCUGCCGGGCGUCGGCGACGCGGCGGCCGCUGCGGUUGCCGCCACGGCCGUGCCCGCAGUGUCCCAGGCGCAACUGGGCACCCGCGCCGCGGGCCAGCACUGGUAACCUAGCCGGGGCCCGAGGGAAGCGGAGAUCCCCGGCUUCCAACGUCCCUGGUCACCGUCGCCUCCUUCCCUCCUAAGGCAUCCCCUGCCAGAACGAAGACUCCCGCCGCGAAGCCCAGUAGAUCAGGGGAAAAUGUGACCUUCGACCCCAGCGGGCUACCUGAACCAAGGCCUCUCCCUAAGUGGGACGCCCGACGUCAGUUUGGACGGCCACCUGAUUUUUACCCUUUGUUUCUGUGUUUUAGAGAAAUCCUAAAUCAAAACACCAGGGACUUCAAGAACUUGCAAACUGGCGUUUUAAAAUAACCGGUUAAUUUAUUUCGACAUAGUUUGUUUUUGAAAAAGAGCUUUCAUAAUGUAUAACCCUUCCCUCUUUCAUCGUCUUAUAUAUGAAGCGCCUUGAGUGUGCAUGAGCCAAAGGAAAUAACAUUGAAGAAGGAAAACAAUAUGUAGAAAGUAUUUUAGAAAGUAACCUGUCUUUGAUGAUGCUUCUCUUAUCAUUUAGUUUUUGUAUAUUAACCUGGAGCAGUGAAGCCCUAGGUGUGCCCACCAGUAUGAGUUGCCAUUAAGACCUCAAGCCCUUUAUUCUUAAAAGGGUUUUUAAUAAAGUCUUUCUCAAAUGAGGUAGAAUCUUAGCCAGUGAGAAAAAAAAAAAUUAUUUUAUGCUCCUUUUGUUGCACUCCUAAGACUGAAAAUUGGCGUUGAGUGUUAAAGUGAAAAUUUUCCAGUUUGAUAAUUGAUGGUCGGAGUCAGCACUGGAAUUUUGAAAACAAAUAAGGUGAUUAUCUAUUUUAGGUACCAUUUCACAUUUUCUAUAGCAUGCACACUUGUUGCUACCCUCAUUUUGUAACCAAUUUAUUUGCCUUAUGAAUGUGAUUGCAGCUUUGAACAUUCUGUACUAUAAUGGUUGCUAAGAAGAAUAAGUCCUUCUGUUUUCUCUUUAACAUUUAAAAUAUCUCAAUGCACAUGAUAUAAUUAAACACUAAUAAUACCAUGACUGCAUAGCUAAUAUUAGCUGCUAUUGCAUGCUCCUAGAUGCUAGAACUUAUUGGGCAUGUGGUAUACUAAAGCGAUACCCGUUAGACAAGGACAUUUUACUUCUUCCAGACACCAGAAGAAAUGGCCUUCACUUAUUUGAAAAGAGACACAGACACCUCUGGCUACCUAGAGUUCUUCCUGUCUUGACCCAAUUUAUGAGAAAGCUCCCAGUUGGGACUUUAGCUCACAAAUGGAAUCACAGUCAGGAUGGAUCAGUAAUAUGGUUUGGCUCAGCAAAGCCAGCUGUGCUCUUUUAGGGUUUAAACAAGCCACACGUUAGAAAGCAACACUGUUUUUAUGUAGUUCAUAUAUAUUACCAUGACAUUUAACAUUAAUAUUGUGUAUGUUGAAGGAGGUAUGAUAAACUCAGUCAUAUAUAGUGAACAAUUCAAAUGGGAAAAUAUUCUAAAACAUAUUAUUUGAGAUUUGUCAUAUUCAUCUUUGGUUUACUAAGUUUACUUAGAAAUAUUUGAAAUGCAAAAUUGUGUGAAAUCACCUUAUCAAAUUAAAAUGGGAGGAAAGUAAUUUUAAUAAUCAUAUGUCAGCAUUCUGACUACUCACCACGUAAAAUCUGGGCCCAAACAGCCUCAGUUAACUGCAUAAUUCAGGAACAAAACCAGCUUGCUUUGUUGCACACCUGGGUAAUUUAAGCCAGGAUAUUAGGACCACUUGUUGUACAUUUGAAUAAUUAUGGAAGUUGGGACAAAUAUGUUCACCACCAACAAUCAGCUGUCAUUUUAUUAAUCUAUCCCUUUUGUGCAUGCACCAUUUCUCUCUUACUAAGGUUUCAUCUGUUCACAUUUUCCUUGAUUCAAAUAUUAAAGUUCAGACAACCA